AUGGCAAGCCAAAUAUAUUUCAGUAAAUUUUUAGUCACUGAACAAGUGUUUUACAAAACUGCAUAUUGUUACGCUUUGGUUAAUUUAAAACCUAUUAUCCCAGGUCAUGUUUUAGUAGUUCCGUUACGUACUGAUAUUAGAGAAUUAUCGCAACUGACUCCAAUAGAAACCCACGAUUAUUUUAACACAGUACAAUUGAUUCAACAGUUUAUUCGAUGGUACUACAAUGCUGAUUCAAUAAAUAUUGCUAUUCAGGAUGGCCCAGAAGCAGGACAAAGUGUUCCUCAUUUACACACUCACAUUAUUCCUCGUUUUCAAUUAAAUAAUAUUGGAGAUAAAGUAUAUGAACAUAUGGAUAUUUGGACAUGGGAGCAAAGACGUGAUAAUUAUAGAACUGCUGGAGGAAGAAUUAAAAGAAAGGAAUUAGAAAGACAAAAUACUAUGAAUAAUGCAAAAAUGUCUGUUGAAGAAGAAAAGGAGAUUGUUAAUGAAGGUAAAAUGUUAAAACCUGAUGAACAAAGAGUAGAAAGAACUUCUGAACAAAUGAAGGAGGAAGCAAUAACUUUAGCGGAAAAAUUGAAAGAAUUUUUAUCACAGAAACCAGAAAUGAAAAAAUGGAUACCUCAAUAA